AUGGCAGUGGCGGUGGCCGCGCCGGUGGUGAUCGGGCUAGAUGCAGAGGUGGGAAGCGGCGGGGACGGGGGCGAUGCGCAAUUGGAGGUGCCGCCGGUCGAGGUCGUCAGGAAGGGGGCACCGCUGGUGGAGGGGAUACCGGUGGCGGUCACCGCCGGAGGGGACGAUACGGAGAAGGAAGUGAAGGGAGAGAAGGGAGUGAACCCGGUGAAGUGGCUGGGGCUUUACUCCUCUGCGCAGACCAUUCUCAUCGUCGGAGACGGAGACGGAGACUUCUCCUUCUCGCUGGCGCUCGCCACCGCAUUCGGCUCCGGUGCCAACCUCGUCGCGACGUCCCUCGACACCUAUGGUUUGUCUACUGCGAUCGCUUCCGCUUCCUGUUGCGGCGGCUCGCACAAGGAGUUGGUGUUGGGUUUUUUCCGCAAUGCACACCACCUUGUUCGGCCACUUGGUGAAGCCCAUGUUACCCACAAGACCGGGGAACCGUACGACAGUUGGGAUCUUAAGCACCUGGCCACUGAUUCUUCUCUUGCUAUGGUUGACAAAGUUCCUUUUCGAAAGGAAGACUACCCAGGUUAUAACCAAAAGAGAGGAGACAGUAACAGGUCUGACGAACCUUUUGAUCUUGGUGCAUGUUGCACAUUCAGGUUCCGAAUCUGGAACUUGAAGGAGCUGAAGCAAAUGAAUAGGAAGAGGUCUGGUUUAAUCCCAAACAUUGGAGGCAGCAACGUUCAUCCAGGCCAUUGGCUCACAUGUACAGGCCGCAUGCUGAUGCCUCCGCAGCCGUACAUAGUUGAUCAAUGGCAACAACCAGGCUUUCCACUGAACUCUAAUGGCAUGGCGGCUGGACCUUAUUUGCAUAAACAGGAGAGUUGCCAUCCAAUGGUGAGCAUGCCAGGCCCAUGGUUGAAUGAUUUGCCCGCUCAAGGUGGCAUUCCUCCACCUCUACCAAUGGGCAGAAUCCCAUUUCCUGAUCUCCUUGCACCUCGGGAGUAA